AUGUGUGUGUGUGUGUGUGUAUGUGUGUGUGUAUCCGAGAGAGCAAAAAUAAAAAAGGAUUAUAAACUAACGUGAAUGUAAACUGUACACUAUUGCAAAACAAGGAACUCUCCACAAUAAAUACACAACUACUGGGAAAGGGGAAAACGGGAAGAAUUGCUGUUACAAAACCAUUUAGUUUACAGAUUUGACUAAAAACCACAAUUGUCUGUCCUCUCAUGCCAAAUAUACAUAAUGAACAUAAUGUCAGCGAGAUACAAAACCAAUGACAAAGUCUGAUUUGGUUGGUGAUAGUUGUAAAAAAAAAAAAAUAUAUAUAUAUAUAUACAUACACACAUAUAUGUACAUAAUAUGUGUUAUGAUAAUAUAUAUACAUAUAUGUAUAUAAUAUAUAUUAUGAUAAUAAAGUAUUAUAUAUAUUACAAUAUAAAUGCUCAACUGAAAAACAGCCGAGAAAACCAUUGCAUUUCAGCAUGUUAUUUAUCAUAUGAACCUCUUUGGUCGUGUUUGUGGGGUAAUUUUGUCAAGCCUGAGAUUGAGGUCCUUAUAUUUCCUCAUCUUAUCGUAUUGUCUUUCACCAUCCUUGGCUAAUAAUACAUCAUAUCCAUUCGGGCCUAUUAUCUGUCUCUUUUCCACAACAGAGUGUUCGACAUCAAUCCUUUGUUUACCUCUCUGGGACAUUUUGAAUACUUAGCAGGAUUCUGACUCAUAUCCUAAAAACACGGACGGACAUUAGGCAGACUACAUCCAUUCAAAUCCCAGCUUCUACUGCCCAGAAUGCACGCGGAGACUAACAGAGGGCAUUCACCACAAAGCGGACCGGGAGAACUUCCCCAACCUUUGCACUCCGCCCCAGAGGUCGUGUCACAGAGUUAACGCAGCGUUUACUCGCACCCCCACGCAGAGAGACAAACUCACGACACCUGACGGACCCCCAGGCGACAGGUGAUAAUGGUGGACCAGACUCAGCCGCAGAGUGUCAGUAGGCACCAGCAAUAAACACAUUACUCGAGACAGACUGAUGUAAACAGACCCCUCAGACUCGGGACCCUUGGACCGCUGAGAGGGGUGAUGGAUGCUGUGUGGACCAGCAAGAGAACACACGCAAAGUUUUAACUGAGGUAACGCAGCAGAAUCACACAUAUCCUGUGGGACGCCGACACCGUGGCAAAGGAAAUAGAGGAGGAGCACAGGUGACUGAAUGAAAGACCCACACACAGUAAAUACAGACGGGGUUUGCAAGGGUACAUGAAUACGUCACUCUCUCCAACACACACACACAUACAUACAGGUGGAGUACAAACACUGACAUAGACACUGACCAGUACAGACACUGGCUAAACGUCGAAGAGCAGCAUAGAGGAAGAGAGGCUCGGUACUGGCGAUACCAUGAUGGAGAAGUUGAACCCCACUGGUCUGCCUGACUCACCCUCUGACCCGCCUCGUCCAUCCUCUUCCUCUUCCUCCGCCUCCACAGAGAGGCAAAAUCCCUUCCAGGACCGGCCUUUAGCUUCCCCGGACUGUCUGAGCAGUCCACAUCCGGCUAACCUCAAAGAGCUCAAGGGAGAAACCAAGGUCUCACUUCAGACCCCCGUCACCACCAUCACAGCAAUACCUAGUGACCGUGCAGAUGUCACGCCUGAUGACAUCGAGAUGGAGGAGGGAGAGCAAGGAGGGCCAUCCGCCGCUGAUGCUGAUUGCUCACCGAUGCUCUCCUCUCCGCCUCCUCUUCUGCCUGCGCCAACCACGGUCCCCCCUCCUGUCUCCACCGCUCCUCUCCCUUUGUUCUCUUCAUCCUCUACCUCUUCUAUGGCUCCGCAAAUCCCUCCACACAUCCCUGUCAUCAGCCUCGGUCACAGUAAACCCCCUCUGCCCCUUCCCAACACUCCUUUGACUGCUCUGCACCCGAUUCCUACCCGUCUUCACGGGCCCCACGGGGACCCCCGCCUCACCCAAGUCAACUCCCUGCCAGCAGCUGGCCCCGGAGGCCCUUCAGCUCCCUCCACGGGACCCCUGACGUCCCAUCAGUACCUGCCUCCACACCCCUUCUUCACCAGUUCUUACCUCGGGCCCUCUACCAACUACGGGAUCUUUGCCAACAGCCGGAUCAAGAGACGACCCUCCUCACACUUUGAAAUGGAGCUCAACGAUUGCCCUCCUCAGAAGCUAGCUCGGCGCGUCUUCACCAACAGCCGUGAGCGAUGGCGACAGCAGAAUGUAAACGGGGCUUUCUUGGAGCUCAGAAAGCUCAUCCCCACACACCCGCCGGACAAGAAGCUCAGCAAGAACGAGGUCCUCCGCCUGGCCAUGAAAUACAUCAACUUCCUGGUCACGCUCCUCAAAGACCAAUCCCAGGACAAGACAAGGACUUCCUGUGAGGACGAGGCCAAGAGGGAGAGCACCAAGGACGGCUUGGACGGCAAUGAUCUGAACCCCCUUUUCCAUUGUAACACUCCACCUCCUUCCCACCGGCCCCCGCCUGCCUCGGCCCGGCCUCUCAGAGACUCAACCGAAUCGGUCACUAGCCUGGCCAAUUCCCCGGCCACCUCCAGUUGCUAUGGCGACACAGACAGUGAGGAGAGCUUCGGGGCAAAAGCCUCACUGGUGAUGACGACCCACGGGAUUCUGGGAAAGGUCAAAGGGCAGAUAAGGAUGGUGGCAGCUACUAAUGAUGAGCGAUGACAUCAUCGCUGGACGUUACACAAAGAGGUGUGCCAACUGUCGGAGGUUAAAUGUCAAACUGACAACAGAGGAACGUGACUCACAACUGUGGUGAGAUGUUAAAGACAUAGAAGCUGGUGUGGUUCUCUCUCCUGCAGUCCAUGGCAGUGCUGCGGGCUCAGCCAUUAAGAUGUGUGAAUAAGUGUGAAGAAGAGAUGACUUUUGCAUCUUGUGAAAUUUUGUGGUUUUAACUGCCAUUUGCCCCUUUUCAAGUGACAUAAGUGUGACGUGUGUUAAGUGUGGUUCUCUGUGGGGUUGUUUUGUAGGAUCACAGUGUAAAUCCGAGCAGCGUGGUGAGACAGUGAUUGUGAAUACAGAGGUGUGCGUGCCAUGAAAAGCGAGGCUGUCUAGAACAUGGUGAAUAUGUAAUGAUAGUGAAACACCCAGAACAGGUUCUUGCAGACUAGAUUAGCACAAUAUCUCAAGGUUUGCCUCAGAUUUACCUCAGCAACAAAGUCACAGAUUUUUUAACAUACAUCUAACCUUCUAAUUACUGCCUAAACAGGAAACACACACAUGAAAAACUAUUUUUCCCUCUCUAGAAAAUUGUAAAAGAGGUUACAACUGUGCUAUAAAGGGUUAAAUCCCCAUCUUAAACUCCUGUCUAGCUCCAGUAAUCAGUAUGUUGUUAACAGUCUCGCUGCCCUGAAGUGAAAUAACACCGUGUACUGGCCUGUGUUCAUUAAACCCAUGUGGCAGUUUUUGAUGCUCCUAUUGUUCUGGUAUUUCUUGUUAGACACGCGGGGGUGAAGAUCCCGCCCUGGUUUCAGCGGACAUUGUGACACACUCGUACCAGACAAAAAUAAAACAUGUUUUAGUUUGCUGUUCCU